AUGGUUAUACUGGUCCUCGAUGACGGUAUCAACAUCAAUGGCUUUGAAAAGAUUGUUCUCAGCCUUGGUCUCCCCUUAGGUUUCAUGUGGAACAUACUUGGUUUCCUUGCAUUACGAUAUGAAAACAGAAUUCUGGUGGUUCUCUUCUUAGCGACUGGAUGGAUCUUGCCCGCAUUCAUCACAUACAAGUUCAUUGACUUGUCGAUGAGAUGGGAGCAGUGGCCGACGAAGGAAGAUAAACUACUACCCACAUGUAUCAUAGUCUGUGGGAUCCUAGGUCUCAUCAUACGUGUGUUUCUCGUGGUCGUAUGCGUUCAUCUUACCAUGAACUUCGGUCAUGGACUUGGAGAAAAGGUAUACGGAGCAAGAAAGCGAACCGACACGACGGAUAACCUCACCAAUCCACCGGUUCAAAGACGAACGCGAACACGGUUGCUUCCUAUCCGGCCUUUCAGCUGGCCCCAAUUCUCCCUCAGCAGCCGACAGCAGCAGCAACAUUUCCCGCUGGACAGGCUGGCCGAGAGGUCCCUAAGUGGGGUCGGCUGAUUGUCAUCAUAUCGCAUUCUAAGUUGCGUUCAUAGUUCAUUUGUAAAACCGGUUAUCCAUUGAUUAGCAAUUUUAGACGAAUGGAUAACCGGUAUCAGUAUAUUUGAGGGAUAGAAAUAAUAUCAAGUACAUUUAUCCCGUUUGUCUUUCACUGUAAUGCUUUGCAAUUUAUUUAUUUUAUCAAGCAAACAACAAAAUGUUUCUCUCAUGUUUUUUAUCACAUAUAUAGCCUUUUUUCAUUAAGGAUGUUUGACAACUGAAAAGGGGGCCUACUUUUGGAAAGUCACCACACCGCUUUCAUUCAUUUAAACAGGUAGAUCUACUUUAAGCGUUAUUUGCAGAAACCGAAUACUUUCAGUGUAAAUAAUCUAGUGAUCAGUGCUCUGUAUUAUCUUAAUUUUUGUUUUAUUAUUUUCUUGUUGCUGUAUAGCAGAGCGAGACUUACAGGCGCCGCAUUUCCCGACGACGGCGAUGGCGGCGUCAACAUUGAAAUCUUAACGAACGUCAAGUUCUUGAAAUGUCGUCAUAACUUUAAAAUUCUGUGACUCAAGUUCAUGCAACUUGGACAUAAGAGCAAUCAAGUAUUAUUUAACAUCCUGUGUGAGUUUCACGUCACAUGACCUAGGUCAAAAGUUAUUUCGGGUCAAGGAAGUUUGACCAUGUUUGGGGUAUUUGUUGAAUUGCCAUCAUAACUUUGAAAGUAUACGUAUAUGUACGGUCCAUGAAACUUUGACAUAAGCGUGAUCCAGUAUCACUGAACAUCCUGCGUGAGUUCAGGUCACAUGACCAAGUUCAAAGGUCAUUUACGGUCAGUGAACUUUGGCCAUGUUGGGGAUAUUUUUUAAUUGCCAUCAUAACUUAAAAAUCCUAUGGAUCUGGUUCAUGAAACAUGGACAUAAUGGGAAUCAAAUAUCACUGAUAGUAAUACACGAGUCAUAGAUGAUAAUGUGAUCAA